AUGGCAUGUUUAUCACAUGAUGAUCAAAUUGGAGAAGACGAUAAGAAGUGUUAUCCAUAUUUUCAAAUUGAAAGCGGAAAAUCGAAAGAAAUCGAAUUGAAAAAGGGCAAAUUUGUGAUUAAUUGUAAAACAAAAGGCUUUAAGUAUGGGAGUAAUAAAAUAUGAAUUCGAAAUGAUAUCAAUUGAUAUAGAUGAAGAAAAAGCUGGGAAAAGAAGAUGAUCCAACUGCGGUUGGAAAAAUAUUGCCAAUCACAUUGUUUCAUAUGAAUUCAUGGACUGGUACGAAAUCUGGCAAGGAACCAUUUGAAAUGACACAAAAUGUUGGAUUGUUAUGCAAAGAAAUAUUUAAAAUGGAAGUUGCUGUAAGUUUUGGAAAUGUUUUUUUAAUUGCGAAUCUAAAAUGA